UCUCUCGUUCCUCGCUCUCGUUUAGGGUAAAGUCCCAAACUCACAUCUCAUUCUCUCCUUCGAUUAAUUCUUCCUUCCAGCACGUUUUUCUGGUGGCGCGUGGAUAGUUUUGGUGGCGCGUGGGUCCACUAUCUAGCUGAAUCGUCGUUGUUUUGGCUAUCAAAGCUGAGAAAUAUCGCGGGGGCUUGGCCGGAACCGACCCGGCCGGGUUCAUUUCCGACCAUUGUUAAUGGCAUCGGCAGUGUUAGCGAACCAUCAGAACGAACCUGAUUGGACGCAACCGAGAAGCGGUGGCGGCGCGAAAUUCAUGGGCAAAGUUCCAUUUUCGAAAUCAAACCCUAACCCUAAUCAUAGAUUCGGCAACAGCAAGAAGAGGCAAUUUCAGCACGCAGCGGACGACGUAGAUGAAUCACCGGCUGUGACGCAAUCGGCUGCAUCUGACGAUGCAUCCUCGAUCAACCGGAAACCUAACAUUGAUUUCAGCGGAGGUGCAUACGUAAGCUUCAAAAUCGCUUCGUAUUCGAAGAAGGAACUGAUCGAGCUCAAAAAUCAGUUGAUCGUGGAGCUUGAGCAGAUUCGGAAAUUGAAGAAUCGAAUCGAGUCGCAUGACUUGCAUGUCAGAUCCAGCUCUAGCAAUUUUCCCCUGAAGAAAGGUAGCGGAAUCAAGAAAGUUACUGGUAGCAAGCGUCCAUUGCCGCCAAAUUUCAGCAAGGAAUUGAAGAGAUUGAAUCCCGAAAGUGGCAAUUUGAUGAAGAUGUGUGGUCAGAUUUUGACGAAAUUGAUGAAGCACAAACAUGGGUAUAUUUUCAAUUCUCCGGUGGAUGUGGUGGGAUUGGGUUUGCAUGAUUAUCUAGACAUAAUAAAAAACCCGAUGGAUCUGGGUACUGUGAAAUCGAGGCUGGCGAAGAACUUUUACGAUUCGCCUCUUGAUUUUGCUGCUGAUGUGCGGUUGACUUUCAACAAUGCCAUGAUGUAUAACCCUAAAGGUCACGAGAUAUAUGCCUUGGCCGACCAGCAGCUUACAAAAUUCGAGGAGUUGUUUAGGCCCGAUAAAUGAGAGAUUGAGGGAAGAAGUACGACAAGAAAUGGUGUAUGACCCGGGAAUUGCAGCCAAGCUCAUGGGAUCGUGUUGAGAGGGAUCGUGUGGAGCCCAGAUCGA